CCCGGUAUUUCAAUUGAUCCCGUUGCUCGGCAACGAAACAUCCUGACAGCGGCGAUAAUCGACUAAGAAUUUAAAAGGUUAUCUGUACUGUAUAAAAGUGAAAAGUGAUUAUACGUCAAAUUAUUUUCGCUACGGAUCAGUAUACAUAUCCUUAUAUAGAAAAAUGAGUAAAUACAGAAGAAAGGAGUCUUCAACCGAAGACAGUGACAGUGAGGAAGAAAGGCGUAAAAAAGAUAUUAAGGAAAGAGAUGAAUUUGCUAGUCGUCUUAAAGCUAAAGAUGAUUCCAAAGUACGCAAGGUUGCGAUGCCUGCAGGUUCUGGAGCUGCUGAAGCAGCAAAAAGACUCAAAGUUAUGGAAACUGAUUCAAGGGAAAAACUUGUGCCGAAACUGCGUGUGGAAUCACGUAGAAAAUAUUUGGAGAAAAGAAAAGAAGACAAGGUUGCGGAGUUGGAGGCUGAUAUUUUGGAUGAUGAAUACCUUUUUGAAGAUGAAGUUUUGACUGAACGAGAAAAAAGAGAAAGAGAGCAUAAAAAACAAUUACUAAAAUUAGCAAAGGAGCAUGAAAGAGCCAGAGAGUUGGAACGUGUGCAACGUUAUCAUAUGCCUCAUGAAAAGGGAAAGGAUGCUAUUGAAGCAGAAACUGUUGAUAUAGAACCACCACAAUCCGAGCAAAGUAAAUGGGAAUCAGAUCAAAUGUCCUCUGCAGUAUUCCGCUUUGGCGCCAAAGAUAGAAAAGCACAACAAGAUUAUGAACUUCUUCUCGAGGAUGAAGUUGAGUUUGUCCAAGCGUUGCGUAUGCCUGGUAGUACCAAGGAUAAAAAACGUGAGUUGUCACCACCACCUCAAACAAAAGCAUUGACAACAAUCGAGGAAACAAAAAAAAGUUUACCUAUAUAUCCAUUCAGAAAGGAUCUCGUUCAAGCUAUUAAAGAUCACCAGGUAUUAAUUAUUGAAGGAGAAACAGGAUCAGGAAAAACUACACAAAUCCCUCAAUACUUAUACGAAUCCGGCUUCACGGAGGAUGGGAAAAUAAUUGGAUGUACACAACCGAGAAGAGUAGCUGCCAUGUCUGUAGCUGCACGAGUAGCUCAUGAAAUGGCAGUGAAACUUGGUAAUGAAGUUGGUUAUGCAAUUCGUUUUGAGGAUUGUACAUCUCAGCGUACUCGUAUAAAAUAUAUGACAGAUGGAACUCUGCAUCGUGAAUUUCUUAGUGAGCCCGAUUUAGCAUCGUACAGUGUCAUGAUCAUAGACGAGGCUCAUGAACGUACUUUACAUACAGAUAUUCUGUUUGGAUUAGUAAAGGAUAUUACACGCUUUCGUACAGAUCUAAAGCUUUUAAUUUCUUCAGCUACCUUGGACGCUACGAAGUUCAGUCAAUUCUUUGACGAUGCUCCAAUUUUCCGCAUUCCAGGACGACGAUUCCCUGUUGAUAUUUAUUACACAAAAGCUCCGGAAGCUGAUUAUAUUGAUGCCUGCGUUGUAUCCAUUCUUCAGAUACACGCGACUCAACCGUUUGGUGACAUAUUAGUAUUCCUUACAGGUCAGGACGAGAUAGAGACGUGCCAGGAAAUGCUGCAGGAGAGAGUGAGACGAUUAGGAACGAAAUUAGCUGAGCUUCUAAUUCUACCGGUUUAUGCGAAUCUACCUAGUGACAUGCAGGCGAAAAUAUUUCAGCCGACUCCACCAGGUGCCAGGAAGGUGGUACUUGCUACGAAUAUAGCUGAGACGUCUUUAACCAUAGACAAUAUUGUAUACGUGAUUGAUCCUGGUUUUGCAAAGCAGAAUAAUUUUAAUUCACGAACCGGUAUGGAAAGUUUAAUGGUGGUGCCGAUUAGUAAAGCUUCUGCGAAUCAACGUGCUGGAAGAGCUGGUAGAGUCGCGCCAGGAAAAUGUUUUAGGCUUUACACAGCAUGGGCUUAUCAACAUGAACUAGAGGACAACACAGUUCCUGAAAUUCAACGAAUUAAUCUUGGUAAUGCUGUACUGACUUUAAAAGCACUAGGCAUUAAUGACUUGGUUCAUUUUGAUUUCUUGGAUCCUCCACCUCACGAGACUCUCGUAUUGGCAUUGGAGCAACUUUAUGCACUUGGUGCUCUAAAUCAUCGUGGUGAAUUGACCAAACUUGGUCGUAGAAUGGCGGAAUUUCCACUGGAUCCAAUGAUGGCCAAGAUGUUACUUGCUAGCGAGCGUUAUCGAUGUUCUGAGGAAGUAGCUACUAUAGCAGCAAUGCUUUCUGUAAAUGGAGCAAUAUUCUACAGGCCUAAAGAUAAAAUCAUUCACGCUGAUACCGCUCGUAAGAACUUCCAUGUUCCUGGCGGAGAUCAUUUGACCCUGUUAAAUGUAUACAAUCAAUGGCAGCAAAGUGAUUUCAGUACACAUUGGUGUUACGAAAAUUUUAUCCAGCAUAGAUCCAUGAAAAGAGCAAGAGACGUUCGAGAACAAUUGGUAGGACUUAUGCAACGCGUAGAAAUGGAGCUUGUCUCUGGAAUUAGCGAGACUAUCAAUAUCCGAAAGGCGAUAACGGCAGGCUAUUUUUAUCACGUAGCACGGUUAUCUAAAGGAGGUCACUAUAAAACUGCUAAACACAAUCAGACUGUUUCUAUUCAUCCAAACAGUUCACUAUUUCAAGAGCUGCCAAGAUGGCUACUGUAUCACGAACUGGUAUUUACGACAAAGGAAUUUAUGCGACAGGUCACGGAAAUAGAAAGUAAAUGGCUAUUGGAGGUAGCACCACAUUAUUACAAACCUAAAGAACUUGAGGAUUCGACAAAUAAGAAAAUGCCAAAGGUCACAGGACGUGCACGUCCAGAUGGUACAAACUAAAUACAUCAAGAUUUUUAUUACUUUAUGAUGAGCAACGCGAUACAAGGAAUACGAGUGUAAUGUGAUAGAAGAAAUCUUGUAUAGCUGGACAAAUUUUUAAUGAUUAAAGCACUAUUAACAAAAA